AUGGGCAAGGCGACGACCCCGACCGACCGCCAAUCGCGCAGGCACAACCCUCUGCAGGACGAUAUCCUGGCCACAGGUCCUUUGAAGAGCAAGGUUUCCAAGAAGAAGAAGGGCAAGGAUGGCGACGAGGGCAAUGGCGACCACUUCGUCGAUGCGACCCGCAGUCGCACCAUUCUGAGGCUGGGCCGAGAGCUUGCGGACGAAGAUGCGCCUGCGAAGCCCGAAGCCUCUGCGAAACCGGGUGUCGAUCUCUUCGGCAUUGAGUCAAGAUAUGGGGUCGAUGUUGGUGGCGACGAGCAGACAUACGAGGAGGAGGAGGCCUGGGGCGAGGAGGACGAGGUCGUGGAGGAGAUUGAGAUUGAUCCGGAGGACCUUGAGACCUACCGCAAAUUCCUGCCCGAGGCCGAGGAGGAUCCUGCGGACAUGCUGAACGAUGCCGGUUGGGGAAGCAAGGGCGGUGACGAGGAUAUGGCUGGUGGCGGCACCAACCUUACCGAGCUCAUCCUCGAGAAGAUUGCGGCGCAUGAGGCUGCCGAAGCCAGGAAAGCAGCGGGCGUGCCCGUGGAUGACGUCGACUACCAGCUUCCUCCUAAGGUCAUCGAUGUUUAUACGAAGAUCGGCCAGAUUCUGUCGCGAUACAAGAGUGGCCCCUUGCCGAAGCCUUUCAAGAUCCUGCCGACCCUGCCGCACUGGGAGGACAUCGUUGAGGUCACUGAACCCCAGAAAUGGACGCCGAACGCUGUGUACCAGGCGACGAGGAUAUUCUCUGCUUCCAAGCCGGCAGUGUGUCAGAAGUUCAUGGAGAUUGUUGUUCUCGACAAGGUCCGUGAGGACAUUUACGAGAACAAGAAGCUAAAUGUACACUUGUUCAACGCUCUGAAGAAGAGUUUGUACAAGCCUAGGGCGUUCUUUCUGGGUUUCUUGUUCCCGCUCCUGUCUAGCGGCUGCACCAUUCGCGAGGCCCAUAUUGUUUCUGCUGUGCUCGCCCGAGUUUCGGUGCCGGUGCUCCACUCUGCAGCUGCUUUGAAGGGAAUCACUGAAAUUGCCGCUCAAGAAGCCUCCGCUGGAACCGAGGGUGGUGGAUCUGCCAACAUCUUCAUCAAGACUCUGCUGGAGAAGAAGUACGCCCUGCCGUACCAGGUUAUUGAUUCGCUCGUUUUUCACUUCAUGAGAUUCAGGAGUGUUGAUCCUGCCUCCAUCAAGGAGGGCCAGUCCUUCUCUGGAGAUAUGGUUAGGUCACUUCCUGUGGUUUUCCAUCAGAGUUUGCUGGCAUUUGCCCAGAGAUACAAGAACGACCUGAGCGAGGAUCAACGUGAGGCGCUUCUCGAUUUGUUGUUGUCGCACGGCCACGCCGCUAUUGCCCCGGAGAUCAGGAGAGAAUUGCUUGCCGGCAGAGGAAAGGGUGUAGCGAUUGAGCAGAACGCUCCUUUUGACGGCGACGACACGAUGCUUGUGGAUUAA